AUGACGACGGAGGUGGCGGAGCAGAAGCGGAGGAGCGAUGGGUUCCUCGGCUGUGAAGGAGGGGGAAGCUUCAGCAGCCUCGGCUGCAGUGCGGCCAGCGGCAAGAGACUAAAGUCUGGCGGCGGCGAAGGCGAUUCUGCCGCUCCGACUAAUGGCGGAGGCGGCUCCGCCUGCGUCAAGGUGCGUCUAGUAUGCCUCUCUCUCUCUCUCUCUCUCUCUCUCUUUCUCUCUCUCUCUAAUUGGGCCAGGAAGAAUGAAUUAUGCCAUAAGAAUCUUGUCGCGCGGGUCCUCACGUGAACGUGAGCGGCCGUUUUCCGGAAGAUUCUCAAGGACAAGCAUUUCGUUAAUGACUGGCACCCGGUCUUUGACCUGAACAGGAAGGAAAGGACAGGAUCGGGAAGCGGGUGGCCGCGUUGCAGCAGUUGGUCUCUCCCUUCGGCAAGGUCAGAGGAAGCUUCCUCCUCGUGUCUUCACUCUCCUCUAACUAGAGCCAUCCCCAUCGUAACACCCGUCUCGAUGCAGACGGACACCGCCUCUGUCCUUCAGGAGACAGCCGACUACAUCAACUUCCUCCAUGCACAACUUCAGGUCCCCCCCCCCUCUCUCUCUCUCUCUCUCUCUCUCUCUCUCUCUCUCUCUCUCUCAAUGACUCACUCUCUGUGACUGAGAGGCGGUCGUCCGGGUUCACAGGUGCUGAGCGGUCCGUACCUCCGGAGCACGGAGACGGAGGAGGUACAGCAGGUGAGGACGACGACGACGACGGUCCAGAUUUCUCUGUAGACGUUCGACUGUGGUUGGGGGGGAGGUCGGCGGCGCUAAAGAGAUUGGCAUUUUCGUUGACUCUUCUGCGCAGGAAUCCUACCGGCGGAGCCUGAGAGCCCGCGGCUUGUGCCUGGUGCCACUGCCCUGCGCGCUGAGGCUCGCCCGCAGCAACGGCGCCGACAUUUGGGCCCCCAAUAAGACGAACAGCAGGGGGAGCAAGGCUCCAACGGUUUGCGUUGACUAA